AUGGAGGGGAGACGAAGCCGAAGACUUGGCUACGAAAUUGAAGAAUACAAAGCAAAACACAAUACAGUGCCAAUUCCGCAUCUUAUGUUCGACGUCUAUAUCAGGCUGGGGGAAGCUGAAGAAAUGAUGGAGAAUUGGGAAGCUGCCAAGUUGAUGUACUUUGGAAUGACGAUGGAAACAGACGAUGGUGCUACGUCAACCCCUCCUCAACAACUUAAGAUGUUCACAGGAUUGUGCCGUGUUGCUUAUCACCUCAAGAGCCAAAAGGCAAUGGGAGACAUGGACGCUUCCAAAGUGACAAUGGCUCGAGCUUUAGUUUAUGAAGCCCCGUGGGAUGAUCACCAUCAUGAACAAGUCCUUCAUCUGUAUCGUGAAAUUGUAGGCGAGGAGCCAGAAACCAGAAGCAGCAGCUGA